AUGAGCCGCACGCGCGGCGGGGAUUCUCCGGAAGGGCGGCGGGCGGGCGAGUUCGCGGAGCUCGUGGAGAGGAUCCAGUCCGUGACGUCGACGCUGGAGUCGGGCGGAGUCGAGGCCGGCGGUCCUGAAGAAGGAUCCCACCAAGUAGACAGCAUGCAGUGGUUGGACGAUGAGAGCACGGGCAAAUUUUUUGGGCCGCCCGGGAACGCCUCUGGCUAUCAGCUGGACGUAGGUCAGAGUAAGAAGCGCAGCCGCAGUGUUUUUGAAGGUCAAGCCGAGGAGGGUGUGGAUCAGUGGAGCGCGGAGACUGGGGGCCAACCUCCGCCAGAGAAGCUGCGAGUGUACAAGAACAGCCAGCAGCGCUACAGGGAGCGCCAGAAAAGGAAGCGAGAGCAAAUUGAGGCAAUCGCAGCGAGCCUGGAAGCGGAGUCGGCUCUGCUAGAACAAGUGGAAGCUGAGAAUGGAGUCCUGCACGCCACGAACUUGAAGCUGGAGGAAACUGCAGCGGAGCAGCGCGCGAUGAUUGCCUCCCUCCUGGCCCUGCGGCAAAACUCGUCCAACUUGCAUCCAGGCGACCUCCCGGCUUCUUCAGCUGCCAGCAAUUCGGCUCGAGACGUGGAGUCUCAGAUUCGAACCCUGCGCGGCGUGCUUCAGGCGAACUCUAUCUUUAUGGGCGGCAUGCAGGCACCGGAUGACGUAACCGCGUCGCUGAGGCGCAUGCUGUUGGCGUUCGUUGACGCCAGCAACGAAAGCGCCCUGGUCGGCGCGGAUGAGGCACCCUGUGCAGGGAGCCGGCUUCAGGGAGCCGCGGAGACGCCGCUGAGCGCGGCGGAAAUGGACAAGUGGGAAACGUGCCUGGCCAUUUUAAAUCUCAGCAGAUCUCAGAAGAGCGCCCUGCUGGACCUCAGAGCAGACGUGGUGGAGCGGCUGCAGAGAUUGCGUAAUGCUGGGCAAGGCGCCGGCAGCAAGGUUACGGGCUACUCAAGGGAACCCGUUUUCCCACCUCACGCAGCAGACGCCUCCGCGGCAUUCCCAGGAGAUCUCCACCAGGCAGCGAGGCGCGAGGCGCAGGUGAUGGCGGAUGGGAAGCGGCAGCUGCUGCUCGCCAUAUUGGAUCCCGUGCAGUCUGCGCUGCUGGCGGUCGAGAGCUACCCUCACGGCGUGGACGUCAUCAAGCUCGCAGCGGCCCUUGAAGCCCCUCGCGGGCGCGUCGGAAGAGUCACGGGACCCCCUGAACCUCCGUGCUCUGGAAUCUUCUAG